AUGCCGCCCAAGAGGCGCGGAGCUCCCACCAGCUCCUCCACCACCGCCACCGCAGCCCCCAGGCGCGCACGCUCCAAACUCGCAAAAGAGAACGACAUCACCGCCGAAGAAGAAAACGAAAUAAAAGAAGUCUUCCAACUCUUCGCCGACGCAAACGAGGACUUCCCCACCGAGAAAGAUGGCGUCAUGCCGCGCGAGGACGUGCGCAAAGCUAUGGUAGCCCUCGGCGUCCCACCAACAGACUCAACCGAACUCGCCGACAUCCUCUCCGCCGUCGACCCAACCUCCACGGGCUCCGUCCCCUACAGCGCCUUCGUCUCCGCCGUCGCCGCAAAGCUACGCUCCCAAGAUGACGAUGCCCGAGCCGCCGAAGUAGACACCGCGUACCAGCUAUUCACGCGCGGCUCGGACGGACCGAUCUCGCUGAGCCAUUUGCGGCGCAUCGCGCGCGAGCUCAAGGAGGACUCUGUUGAUGACAAUUUGCUUAAGGAUAUGAUUAUCGAGGCGAAUGGGGGUGCUGGGUUGAGUUCUGGCGUGACGCUGGAACAGUUUCAUGAUGUUAUGAUUCGGGCGGGGGUUUUUAAGAUGUGA